UAUUUUGUGCCCGCAAUCUUAGUGGGUGCAUGUACGAAGUCGCACGGGUCGCUCGGUCAAAUUAUUUCAAUGUCCAACUCGGGCGGUUUCGCUGUCACUCAAACCCACUCUGGUGACCGAUUCUACAACCCGCCGCCGGAGCGGCGACACAAGCAGCUCUUGCUGCAGCAGCAGAAGGAGCUUGGGAGGCCGUUGCAGAAGGAGAACCAAGUCGACUUGCUGCAGGCGAGGACCGACUCGGAUGAGUACAUUAUCGCGCUCCGCCUCUCCCCCUAGAGUUGCUAAUUUGACCAAUUUGGAUCGGCUCAUGGAAUCGGUUACUCCUUUCGUCCCAGCUGAGUAUCCGGAGGCAAGAUCGCAGAGGUGGAGAACUCGUGAAGCUGAUUUGCAGCCGUUCUUUUGUCUUGGUGAUCUAUGGGAAUCUUUCAAAGAGUGGAGUGUGUAUGGAGUAGGAGUACCACUUCUAUUAAAUGGGAGCGAAUCUGUUAUACAAUACUAUGUUCCAUCCUUGUCAGGGAUACAAUUGUAUGUAGACUCACAGAGGCUGAGGAAACCUAGUGAAGAGAGUGAUGCAGAGUCUUCUAGAGAGAGUAGUGUUGGCAGCAGUGAUUGUGAGGCAUUAUGGCGAGGGAAAGGUGUUGUUGAUGGAGCAUGGUUCAACGUAACAUUAUGAACGUGAACUCUGAAAGGAUGAAUGGACUUGCAUUGAGAGAUAAACCGACAAUAAGUUUCUCUAGUGAUGAAUCUGAGAUCUCCAGUUCACUUGGGCUACUUGCAUUUCAAUAUUUGGAAGAAGAACAGCCUCGUCAUCGAAAACCUCUAUAUGACAAGGCAAGACUAUAUUCAUGCGCAUUAGCUUGUUUAGCUUCUUGUGAAUUGAUUUUCUCCUUUUCUACUUGUCCUGGGUCCUGACUUGGUGCCCUUGGAUGCCACUGUCGCCGCCACCGCCUACAUCAGGUUUCAACUAUUGCAUCUAAAUUCCCAGAUAUCGGAAUUUACAGGAGUUGUGAUUUAUUGCCUGCAAGUUGGAUCUGUGUGGCUUGGUACCCUAUAUACAGAAUACCGAUGGGUCGAACACUACAAAAUCUAGAUGCUUCCUUCUUAUCCUUCCAUUCCUUAUCAACACGCUCAAGAAGCAAAAAUCAGAUACAAUUUCGCCGUUGGAGUGGGAGGAAAGCUUCUUGUGACCAUGCAUUCAUUACCAGUAUUUGGCCUUGGUUCCUACAAGUUGAAAGGUUCAAUUUUGUCUUCCAAUGAAGCCGAUGAGUGGCAGCAAGCAAAUUCCCUAUUGCAGGCUGCUGAUAAUUGGCUCCAAGCUUUGCAGGUUAAGCUUCCUGAUUUCCAGUUUUUUCUUUCCCACAACACCCAGGGAAAAUAACUUUUUAUGUGCCAUAGGCAAAGGCCUUGGCUUUGUGAGUUUUGAAAGAUAAAUUGUCUGAUCUUAAAAGACCUCUUCUUCCAUAGAUGUCGGUUUUUAGACUGCUCAUCUUUUUUUGAGUCUGAGUUUAUACAUUUAUAAGACUUACAGCCAGCAGCUGUCCACAAGAAGGAUAUGCUUCUUCAGGCUUUUGCAGUCUUAGUGAGGGAUGAGAAACUUGACGAGGGGCACAAGUCAGCAUAUCAGAAUAAACAUGGAUUCUCCCUUAUACGUCGUCGUGCAUGGGGAGGGUAAAAGUUUAUAAACCUGUAUAUUAUUUGUUCGUCCCUGGAUAUUUCUCCUCUCCUCUAAUCCCUCAUGCACAUAAUACGAAAAUAACAAUUUUCAUCACAGGCAA